CCUGCACAGCCUCGCCAUGAGCUGCCAGAACUCCUCCGACCCCCAGGUCCUUUGCAGCUCGGAGCAGCUGUUUCUGCAGCCCCUGUGGGACCACCUGAGGAGCUGGGAGGCCCUCAUACAGUCACCCUUCUUCCCGGUCAUCUUCUCCAUCACCACAUACGUGGCCUUUUGCCUGCCCUUCGUGGUCCUGGACAUCCUGUGCUCCUGGGUGCCCGCCCUGCGGCGCUACAAGAUCCACCCCGACUUCUCGCCGUCAGCGAGGCAGCUGCUACCCUGCCUGGGACAGACCCUCUACCAGCAUGUGAUGUUUGUGUUCCCCGUGACGCUGCUGCAUUGGGCCAGCAGGCCGGCCCUCCUGCCCCACGAAGCCCCCGAGCUGCUCCUGCUGCUGCACCACAUCCUGUUCUGCCUGCUACUCUUCGACACGGAGUUCUUCGUGUGGCACCUGCUGCACCACAAGGUGCCCUGGCUGUACCGCACCUUCCACAAAGUGCACCACCAGAACCCGUCCUCGUUCGCGCUGGCCACGCAGUAUAUGAGCAUCUGGGAACUGUUUUCUUUGGGCUUCUUCGACAUGAUGAACGUCACGCUGCUCGGGUGCCAUCCGCUCACCUCCCUGACCUUCCACGUGGUCAACAUCUGGCUGUCCGUGGAGGACCACUCCGGCUACAACUUCCCUUGGUCCACUCACAGACUGGUGCCGUUCGGGUGGUACGGGGGUGUGGUGCACCACGACCUGCAUCACUCUCACUUUAACUGCAACUUCGCUCCGUACUUUACACACUGGGACAAAAUAUUGGGAACGCUGCGGACUGCAUCUGUCCCAGCGCGGUGAUGUGGCUGCGGUGGGUGCCCCUAAGACAUGGGACUGCUGUGCCUUUCACACUUGAAUCAAGAGAAACGCCUGGGCUAUAUAUAUUUUUAUGGCAACUAACUUAUUAACCGAUGAAAACCAUAGAUAAAACCUGAUGUAUUUUUGUAAUCUGACAAAGUAAUUUACAUACGGUUUACAUAUCAAUGCAAUUUUGUGUUCUUGGUAUUCUUAGUCUAGCUCACCUCAAUAGCCUUGAAUCCUGGUUAUGAAUUAGACCUUCAUCACUGGCAUAUUUAGAGUAUCUCUAAAAGGACUUGCUUGUAGAAUAAGGAAUUUUCUAUGUUUCAAAGUGUUCUAAAACCUGGCUUAAAGAACGUAUUUUUAUGGAUGGGGUUGACUUCUGACUCUAAAAACAAUCAAAUAUGUUUCUGCUGGGACAGUGACCACGAUUAUAGUACCUUUUUAUAUUUUUUAUAGAACUGUAUAUUUAUUUUGAAAGAAAUGUUAUUCGUGCUUCAAAAAAGAAAAAAAAAGAACAUGAAUCAAAUAAGUAUUGA